AUGUGUACGGUUCGAAGCUAUUUCGUAAUUAAAACUGGAUUGAUCGGCAUUUAUGAUCCAGCAUUUGGCAAAGAUAAUAAACGUCGUCUGACCGGUGAACAUGAAACCGCAUCGUACAAGGAAUUUUCAUCGGAUACAGCUUCACGUGCAGUUAGUAUACGUAUACCGCGACAAGUAGCUGAUAAUCAAUGUGGAUAUUUCGAAGAUCGUCGUCCAGCUGCAAAUUGUGAUCCAUAUCAAGUUACAAAUAUUCUAGUUAAAACUGUUUGUUUAAAUGAAACAGGCGAUGAUGACGAUGGUAAAGGUAACAAACACGGAAAAAAAUAA